GCCACCUCGUCUUGCACGAUGUGGGUCACUUUGCCGCCGAUUCAUCUGCAAUUAUUCAAGUUCCCGUGAAUCAUGAUCUUGGCAGUUGAACUCGUUUCUGGACCGAUGACAGUGUACUAAUAUGCUACGUGUCAUAGUCUAUUUAAAACCGAACCCAAGCACCAUACUUUGAUCAACUUCUCUCGAAAAAACGGCGUCCACCUCUCAAUACCGCAAUGACAGCUCCUCGUUUGCACCUCGAGUCCUACGCGACCGACAACCCUCUAAAACCCGAACUAGAGCUUUUUAUUAUUCUAAAGGAGUACCUGCAGUCUUCCGACGUCAAAUCCUCUGCUGCUGCUGCUGCUCAAAAGAUUAAUAGUCUGGUUCCUACGAGACGCGCCAGUUACUCUUAUAGCGACGACGUGGAACUAUUUUUAUGGAGCACCUGGGGCAUUUUUAUACAUGUAGCCAAGCAGAUCCCGCAUGACCACCCCUGGCAGGGUCGACUGGUAGAGCUCAUCCGAUCUCUCACUGUUCUAGUGCCGAUAAAGGUGGAAAUCUGGGAAAAAACCAGACAGGUUUGGACCGACCUUCCCAUUUUCGGACCAAGCAUGAGAGAGGCAUGGAUUUCUCCCACCUAUGAUAGCGAUCGCAGUAAUACCGAUGAGGUAGAUCAAUGGAUAAAUCUUAAUUCAUUUGCGGCGCGCUUAUUGAACCUUGAUGCGGUCCUGUGGAUCUCUUUUGCCGUCUGGGCACUACGUGAUGCAUUGGAUGAGCCUGUAGAUGGUCCAGAACUCGAUUGCAACGUUAGAGUUGCCAUCGAGUGGAUCACACACAGUGGGCGAUGCCUCUAUCAAUAUCUACUUUCCCCAAGUCAGGAUGUGCACGGCUGUGAUGGAUUAUCCCUAGAAGUAUGGCAGAGGUGGAAACGUCGAUUUAAAGAGGUCAGUGAGGUAUUGGGCACAGACAGCCGUCAGAUGGCUGUUCAGACCACAAUCAUUAUGGAAAAUAUUGAACGGAGUAUGGAGAAGUGAGAAAAUCAGGCAUAAUGGGUAGAAUUAUGAAAUGGAA